AUGCCCAAGUUCAAACAACGAAGAAGAAAGCUAAAAGCCAAAGCCAAAAGAUUAUUUAAGAAAAAAGAAGCCUCUCACUCCCAGUCCAAGCUACCUACACCUCCCCCUCCACUCCCCUCACCAGAAAGAGUGGUUAUUUCUUCAACAGAUAUACCCAUUCCCCAUAGUAGAAACUGGCUAAGACCAUUUUGGAACUUCAAACUUCCCAACAUCAAAGAUGCAAUAAAGCUUUGGAAAAAUAGUGUGUGGUCUAUAUACAGCUGGUGCCAGAACUGUGUAGCCCAGGGUUUAGAAGUAUURAAAGAUACCAUCUUUCCAUCCCGAAUCUGCCAACGAGAACUUUACAGUCUAAAACAACAAUUUUGCAUUUUGCAAAAUGAAUUAUGCAAGCUCCAAGAAACAUUGAAGAUUGUCUCAGAAAAUUCUUGUCCAAGCUGUGGUCAAACGUGUUACAGGAGUGGUAAACUUACAAAGGAGCCUGCCAGUGAUGUAAUCACCUUGGAGGAAUCCCCAGCUAUACCUCCUCCCACACUACCGCAGCUGGCCAGCCAUCCUCCUCCACCUCUGCCUCCACCUCCUCCUCCUCCACCUCCUCCUCUGCCUCCUCCGCCACCCCCACUAGCACCUUUGCUGCUCAGAAAAUCUGGCCUCACUCAAGCACUUCAGACUGGACCAUUAAAAAAAGAUGGACCUUUGCAGAUAACAGUUAAAGAUCUUCUGACUGUGAAAUUAAAGAAGACACAGAAUAUUGAUGAAAGGAAGAAGCUUGUACCAUCACCAAAGGCUCGGAAUCCACUGGUUACUGUCUCUGACUUGCAGCGUGUUACCCUGAAACCGAACUCCAAAGCAUUAUCAACUCGAGUUACAAAUGUUCUAAUUACUCCUGGUAAAAGCCAGAUAGAUCUGCGGAAACUGCUUAGAAAAGUUGAUGUAGAAAGAAGCCCAGGUGGAACCCCUCUAACCAAUAAAGAAAAUAUGGAAACAGGAACUGGACUGACCCCAGUGAUGACCCGGGCAUUGAGGAGAAAGUUUCAGCUGGCUCACCCUAGAAGCCCGACUCAAACUCUGCCACUUUCUACAAGCAGCUUUGAUGAACAAAAUUGA